CCCGGCUCGGAGCUCUUGAACUCAAUCCACGGAACACCGAGUGCGAGAUGUUGUGACUUGGGUGCGGUAGGUACCUAUUAUUUGUAAGCCGCCCCUCAUUCUCAUCAGUGGCGAGAUGACGACAAGUUGAGGCCGCUCGCAAAUGGCUAUCCCCUCCACUUGGAAAGCUGCAAGCCGACCUAGGCCCGUACAGUACCCCACUUGGCUGGCUUGCCGUGGAAGUCUGACGAAGAAGGUUUCGCCCGAAUAUGCUCCGAUAUGUUUAAGUCCCCUCUCUCCUCUCGGAACCUACGGCUGCUGCUUCUUGCUCCCUUCUGCUCUAUAAAAUCGCCUCGAAAAACAAGCAAAAAAACAACCUUUUGAGCAACAAAUUACACCAAAACAACUUGUUCAUACCAAACAACCGUCAAAAUGGUCAAAGCCGUCGCCGUCCUCCGUCCCGACCCCAACGCGACUGUCCAGGUCUCUGGGCACGUCAUCUUUGAGCAGGAGAGCGAGAGCUCCCCCACCAAGGUAACCUGGGACUUUAAGGGCUGCGACGCCAACGCCAAGCGUGCCUUCCACAUCCACACCUUUGGUGACAACACCAAUGGCUGCACCUCGGCCGGCCCUCACUUCAACCCCCACAACAAGGAGCACGGUGCCCCCGAGGAUGAGAACCGCCACGUCGGUGACCUUGGCAACUUUGACACCGACGGACAGGGCAACGCCAGUGGAUCCAAGGAGGACAAGUUCAUCAAGCUGAUCGGCCCCGAGAGCGUCGUCGGCCGUACCCUUGUUGUCCAUGCCGGCACUGACGAUCUUGGCCGUGGCGGCCACGCCGAGUCCAAGAAGACCGGCAACGCUGGCGGCCGUCCCGCUUGCGGUGUCAUCGGCAUCUCGUCUUAGUUGGUCACUAUAGCAGCCCUAAAAGAAGGAUUGGAGCUGUAAUGUCGUACAGACAGGAGAAAAGGAAUCGAAUGUCGAUGUGGACAUGAGCAAGAUCUUUACAUUUUGGCAGAAUAUAUAGUAUCAAAUAAACAAACGAUGCUUGACGCUCA